AUGGAUGCAAUAGAAGUAACACAUUAUCGUGCAUAUCGAAUACGAUGGAUUCAAUUAAUUGUUUUUGUAUUGGCAACAUUUUCAAACGCCAUAACAAGUAUAACGUUUGCUCCUAUUGAAUCUGAAACGUCUAAAUUUUAUAAGAUAACAUCAGCAGAAGUUAAUUCAUUAGCAAUUGUAUUUUUAUUUCUUUAUCCAUUUGGCACAAUUUUAUCAAUAUGGUUAUCAAGAGGAUUAUCAAUGCGUUCAACAAUUAUUAUAGGCAGCAUUUUAAAUCUAGGAGUAUUUAUUCGUUUAUUAUCAUUAAGCACUCGAUUAAACCCUUAUAUAUCAUUAAUUAUUGGACAAAUAUUUCCAGCAAUUGCAGCACCUUUCUUUUUAAAUUCUACAGCAUUAUUUGCUUCUCGUUGGUUUUCACCUUCUCAACGUGAUAUAGCAACAUCGAUUUGUUCAAUGGCUAAUCCAUUAGGUUUAGCAAUUGGUUCCCUUGUUCCAUCACUAAUAAUAACAACAAAUCCAUCAGCAAGAGAAUUUUUUAUUCUUUUAAUGAGUGAAUCCAUAUUGGUUUUAUUCGCAACACUUUUAAUAAUUAUUAUAUUCCGUUCUGAGCCACCUACACCUCCAUCAUCAUCUGAAGAACAUCAUCAAGCAAUUAAUUUCAAAGAAGAUUUUAUAAAUCUAAUGAAAAAUCGUCAAUAUUUAAUACUUUUAUUUGGUUUUAGUAUUGGUUUAGCUCUAUUUAAUGCCAUAACAACAUUACUUGAACAAUUAAUUGAACCACAAGGUUAUUCAAGUGAAAAUGCUGGAAUCUUUGGUGCUAUUAUUAUUGUUGCUGGUCUUUUAAAUGCAUUUUUAGCUGGAUUUAUCAUGGAUAAAACUCAUUCAUAUCGUUUAAUAUUGAAAGUUUUAUUAAUUGGUGCUUGUGGAUCGGGAAUAUUCUUUAUUUUAAUUCUUCAACCAAAUAAAUUGUAUCCAUUAGCUGCAUCAAUUGGUUUAAUGGGCUUCUUUUUAUUACCAUUAUUACCCGUUUCAUUUGAAUGUGCACUUGAAUCAACAUAUCCAAUUCGACCAGAAUGGUCAACAGGUUUAUUAAUGUGUUUUGGCAAUAUAAUUGGAGGAGUAUUCAUCUUUUUUAUUGGAUAUCUUAUUAAAUUAGAUUCUCAAUAUAAACAUCAGCAUAUAUUUCGGCCAUCUACAAUAUUUAUUCUUUGUUCGUUCAUUGUCAGUUCAUUAACAUUAUUUAUUUAUAAAGGGCCUUAUUUAAGACUUGAAGCUGAAAAACAAUCUAUUCAGAAAUCUUCGAUUAACAAUGCUUCUAAUAUUAUUUAA